AGUUCCUUGACGCUUCGGUAUCCCAGCGGUUCUCGACACAAUGUCACAGAUACCGAGACCGAACAGCAGCGCUGCGUCUCGCCUAAGCACGCUCCCUUCGCAGAAACCUCGCCAGCUUUCCCAUCUACACUCGCAGCUGGCGCAACUCACAGCCCAUGUAUCGGACCUGGAGAACUUGCUGAGAAUGACGGCUGUCCAGGCCGAUGCCAUGAGAGGCCUUGGCGGUUAUGCCGGCGCGAUGUUUAUGGCUGCCAGCAAGGUCUUGGGGGAGGAGACAGUCAAUGGCGCAAGCCCAGCCGCUGCUCAAACUUCGAACGACGUACAGCGUAGUCGCAACUCGGAAUGAUCUUUCCGAUCACUCAGUCACAACUAAAGGCGGUGGCUCAAGUUUGAGAACCCGGCGAUAGAGCGUUUCAAAGGCCUGGUGGGCGCAUGCGGGUGAAAAAUUCAUGAAGGCUUGAGGCACUUCUCUUUUCAAGCACCACCCGCCCAAUUUGAACAAACGCUAAGACGGAUCGACCUGCAUGUGGCCUAAGGGAUGAGGCGCAACGUUCUGAACCUUGGCCAAGAGAAAGAGGGGAUUGCAGAGAUCGUUGCUGAGGAAUGGGAGUGCGCCACGAUUGAUGGCCUGGGGUCAAGCUAAACUUGGGAUUCAUCAAACAGGCGAAGACUAGAGAAACUUUCGGAUCAGGUUGCGAGAUAGAUAAAACGACGGAACCCGUGUCGCUUUGGUCGAUGAAGUCUCUGCGUCUUGGACAAACCGGGGCACUCUGAGAGAAGCUGUGGUCGCUCUCGGCUCUCUCAGCCAAUCGCACGUAUACUCAACACGAUCUCUCACAUGCAGCCGAAGGCAGGGGACCGUCUAUUUGUUCUGUUUGGCAUCUGUACGAGGGAUCUGGAAUUCUAGAAGCCUUCCUGGAGUGGCAGCGUCUCUGCUGCUCGUCCCUUUCAGAUAUAAGCUGUAAAGUAUUAUCUAAGACGUCCCAAAUGUCACCAUUUUUGCA